AUGGAUCUUAAUAUCUCAACCUGCACUACUCAUCCUCUAUAUCUUUGUCUUCUUCUAUGCUUGCUUUCUUUGCAUGCAUGUAGUGCCCGCCGUCUUGCUGCGGUUGAUCAUGAUCCUAACGAGUCUUUGAAGAAGCUUCAUUUCACCAACAAGGGUACUGAUGUUAACAUUGCAGGCGUGCCUAAAGUGAAAUCUUUCUCGUCAUCAAAGCCGGUUCUUGAAGUGACAGAAGGAUCAGAAAUCACGGUGGAGACGGAAGCUGAUAGCGAUGAUAGUACUACAGAAGAAAGACCUAUACAGUACCACACAAAAGCUGCCUUCAACACGAAGAAUGUCUCGUCUAGAAAAAGGAAAGGAUCAACCUCAUCCUCAAAUGCUGCAGAUGAUCAGAAGACAACGACGAGGUCUGGUCAGCCAGUUUCAGUUUCAUGGCGAGUGCCAAGGAAGAAACGAGGGAUUCAGAAGCAACCAGGGUUUAAUCUGGACUACUCACCCCCAAAGACACACCCGCCUCAUCAUAACUGA